AGCGCGCGAAAUGAAUAACAACGCAAAAGGCAACGUAACAUUUGUGUCUAUCGAUAUGUCAGAUUUUGCGGAGAUUUAAUCCGUAAAAACUUUAGACUAUUGUUAAAUAACGUAUUCCAUAUGUUUCAGUGAAUUUAAAAAAUAAAACAAUUAAUUUUGCUAAAUUUGCGUACAAUCAUGUGAGUGUAUAUCGUGUAUAUCCUUUUCUAACCUCAAAAUGCAAAGUGCAAGUGACAUUCCGUAAACAAGAUUUAUAAUAAUUGAAAUUAGGACAGGUCUCAAAAUUGUCUUAUGAAGACUUGAAAAAUCCGAAACAUGAUAAUUAAACUGGAAAAAGUGAUAAGCUGUUCCUCGGAGAAUCCGUCUUAUCCAGCCUCAAAUCUACUGGAAUAUCGAACAACCUCGAAUUCAUCCUGGCGGUGUGCUAAACCCGGUGAAUCCUUGGCUACAGUUAUUUUUCAACUCGCAGAAUCUUCUUGUAUAACAGGAGUCGAAAUUGGAAAUUAUCGCUCCUGCAUAGUCAUCGUAACAGCCUCAACAACCGCGGAGCCAGAUAAUUGGAUUCCGAUAAUAAAUCAUCAAUUUCUCACCCAUGAUGAAGCUGCCAAUGGGAAAUUCAAGGACCAAGUGCAGAUUUUCACGAAGAAAGAUCUCAAUCCUGAAAUUUUGAAGACGAAAUUCGACAGAGUGAAGGUAACCUGUAUGCAGUCUGCAAAUCCGAGAGAGGUUUUUGGAUUGUCCUUUCUAGUUUUGAGAACUGAAAUUGUCGUCGAUAUGGGACUAGAUGUCUUUGGUAGAUUUAAAAUGAAGGAUUCGAAUGAGGAGAAGGACCUGUCUGCGGAUAAAUUUAAGGACACUUAUCUCAAGUUGUUUGGAAAUAAGAAACCAGGCUCCUACAAAGAUGAAUUGAAGGAUAAAAUGAAGGAAAACGGUUUGAACAAUUUUGCGAAACGACAGGAAGAGGAGCGAGAACACAAGACAAAACCUUUGCUCGAAAAAUUAGAGGCUGGAAAAGCUGACGAGGUUUUUGGAAAAGCAAAAGAUUCUCCGAAUUCGAAGCCGGUAGCGAGAACUCCUUUCGGGGAUGUAAUUCCGUCGACCUCGAAAACGAAAGAGGACAAAAAUGAGAGUAAUAAGCUGAAAAAUGGUCGGAAACGAUCCCUGAGUCCGGAUGCAUCCCAAGAAGCGGCGACGGCGAUUUCGAAGAAAGCGAAAUGCAAUAAAUGCGAGGCAAUUUCCAGUGACAAAAUAUGUGAAGUUUGUAAUAAAUUGCCUCCUCAGAAAGCCCCUGAAAUGAAAAAAAUUGAAAGUAAAAAGGCAGGGGAGGUUCCACCGAAAAAAAGGACACAGAGGAAGAAAUUUGAGGAACUUUUGGAGGGAGUUUCAUUUUCCUUGAGUGGAUAUGUUAAUCCGCAGAGAGACGAGAUUAGGAGGAAAGCUCUGAAAAUGGGAGCGAAAUAUAUUGCUGAUCCAAACACGACUGAUAAAUUGUGCACACAUCUGAUUUGUGCUUUUAAAAAUACUCCCAAGUCGCAGCAGCUCAAGGGCCAUUCCAAAAUUGUUUCUCAUAAAUUUAUUGAGGAUUGUUUUGAUAAGAAAAGAAGAAUCCCGUGGAGACGAUUUGCUCUAGAUAAAAAAGAGAGGGAAGAAUCGGAUAGCGAGGAAGAAUUCGCGGGAAUUGGGAAAUUUAUUCCAUCUGAGGAUGAAGAAAAUGAUGAUACUGAUGAGGACUUUAAGCCCUACGAUGAAGAAACUGACGAUGAAGACUCAGAUUCUAAUUAUUGAAAUUGGAAAAUAGGCUUAUUUAUUUUCCUUGUUUGCCUUUUCUAUCAUUAUCAAAAUCACCUUCAUGAAAUUGAAUACUUCUGUAAAUAAACGACGACAUUUUCCACGAACGAGACGAGUAUUUUUAAAUAAAAAAAUAAAAACAUUAAGUUG